AUGAGCAUCUUGGGAGAAAUUAUUGAGCUAUACAACUUUCAGGAGCUGGGCCGAGAUGCCCAUGUUGAAUAUCAAAGGAAAUUGAUCGAGGGGUCCAUGAAUUCCUACGAUGAGUCUCUGAGCAAAUAUCCGUACACCUCCCAUGCAGCCCGGCUAUACGGAUGCUACGCGAGGCACACUUUAAGCACACUCUACAUCAUAUCGGCCGGGAAAUGGGACCCUUGUGAUGCGCUCGACGCCGUACAAGAGAGUGGGCUGUCAGAACAGCUGAUUUAUUCAGCUGCCAUGGCUACAAUCGCUGCAAGCAACAUCAAGAGUAUUCAACAGAUCGACGGCGACUUCCAGUUUAUUCCGCUAUUCUUUGGUACCUUUGUCCUCCACUGUUCCUUUCCAUUGCUAUUGUUGGUUAAGACAUUUGGUACACAAUCUGACGACAACAUCAUUGGCGCGUGUGAGACUAUCAUUGAAGCUUCAAAGACCUUCUCGCGCUACGGCGAGCAACUCACCCAGCGUUCCGAGCAUCCAAAUCGUUACCUGUCUAACUUUAUAUCGAUUAUCGAUGGUAUUAAAGCAGCCAAGAUAACAUCCCUAACAACUCCGGAGGUCUCAGUCCAGAUGAUGCAAGACAUCAAUACCAAAACGGAAGAAAUCUUGCGCCUAUAUCGGUGGAAUAAAACGGGUCAUGGAGUAAAUACAUAA